UUUACUCUCGAAGUCAUCCACCAGAACCGCGAAAACAUUCUCCUUGCUAUGAAGAAGCAUUUAAACAGCAUCUGUUACCCAGCUUUUGAGGAUAUAUGCGUGCGCGCUGAGAUGAAUAACAAGGAGAUUGCAGAGAAGGCGAUAGAGAUGAUGAAGCUGUUGAGUAUUAACAGAGCUGUUCGUAGGCCUGAAUCAAGCAGCCAGUUCUUCAGUGAACAACAAGAAACAACAAGAACAAGAAAUGUUGGUGCAAUAUUCUCUGAGGAUGAGCAAUCAAGGGAAGACGAAAGGACUGUCUUCCUCACAUUUUCUAGAGGAUACCCAAUCACUGAAGCAGAAGUGCAUGCCUACUUCACCAGGAGAUUUGGGGAGAUAAUAGAAGCGAUAAUCAUGCCACCAGGAGAAGGGAAUGAGCAGGCGCUGUAUGCAAAGAUGGUGUUACAUUCUGCCGCCAUGAUACCGGAGAUUGUAAGCGAUGAGGUAACCAGGACCAAAUACAUCAUUAAUGGAAAACAUGUUUGGGCUCGAAAAUACAUCCCUAGAUCCUCCAUGAUGACCAUUAAUAAUGGUGCCCCAUCCAAUGGCGUGUCUCUCUAG